AUGGAUUUACAAAAGAAACAGCUCUACGGGAUCCACUGGUUUCGGUGCGUACGCCGGCAAAAGAAGGACAAUGGAUUGCGCGAAGAGUGCCCAUCUCCUCCAGAAAUAGGUGGAACCGAGGCUGAUGAUGUGGUCUCUCAGCUCGUCUUUGAAGGCGUGGCUACAGCAGGAGUUCCUGAAAAUUCUGGAAUUAUGAUAGAUGACAUUGAGUUCAGCGAUGGUGAAUGCCCUCCCUACGAGGAAGGGGCCUCCUUUAAAGUGGAGCGAGCCGGACACUUCGACAAAUUGCCUCAAGAUCACACGACGCAGACUUCAGAUGGCUACUAUCUACUCUUCGAGUCUCCAGGUACCAAGGGAAACAAAACAACGCUUACGUUGCGAGAGCCCCUGCUCUACCAGUGCGUGUCGUUCUGGUACUUUUUGCCCAAGCUCCAAAAAAGUGUGGCGCUCUACGCUCAAGAUGACCUAAUAUCCGAUGGACAGGGUGUCUGGAAGCGCUACCAGUGGGAUGAAACAGUGCAAAUGGCAAUACGGUCAACAAAAAGGUUCGAUUGCGGCAACCAGUCCAUCACAAUAGAGCGCGUCUGUGACUUCGUGAAGGAUUGUGCGAACGGCGACGACGAGCGGAACUGUGGCCAAUGUGACUUUAGCGAUGGCUUGUGUGGCUGGAAAGCCGAAGGUCCCCUAAACAGGGGCACGACAGCAUGGCGUCGCCAAAGAAUGGGCGAAGUCGAUGGCUCCCCUACCACAGGAGCGUACGAUAAACCCACAGGAUAUUACCUUCUUUUUUCUUCAAAUUCCACGAGGCUGACAAGAAGACGCGGGCGAGCAAUCAUCGAUUCUCCGGUGAUCAGGAACACCAACAAAUAUUGUGCUCUCUCGUUUUCGUUCAACUAUCAAAUGAAUGGAACGACUAUGGAUGUCGACCUCUACAUGGUCGUUGACGGUUACACUUUUCCCGUGUGGACUCUCAGUGCGUUGAGUGACACGCCCGAAGAAGGGAUUUGGAAUCUAGCGGAGGUAGAAAUUGGCCGAUAUCGAUCAGAAAUCAGCUUUUAUUUCAGAGCUUUUCACGACACACCAGGUCAGCCUCUUUUUGCUGUGGACGACAUCCAGUACACAGCCUGUGCAUUGCCAACCAAGCAAGACAGCUGUGAUGACAUGGAAUUCCGCUGUGCCAAUGGAGCAUGCGUGAUGCAGUACGACCGGUGCGACUACGUCGAUGACUGCGGGGACAACAGUGACGAAAAAAAUUGCGGUGACCACCGACUGGGCUGUAACUUCGACAACUCUUUCUGCGAUUGGGUGCCUCAGGCACCUACGGAAAAAUCUAAACUAACCUGGAGGCUCGAGCGUCCAGGUCCGUUCCUUUUGCAAUCACCGACAAGGGACCACACAACCGGGACACCAGAUGGUGCUUUCAUGAUAAUUAAAUCCACGAAAACCACUAAAGCAACCGUGAUCGGCCCAACACUGGACAACUCAACGCUCUGCACCAUGACGUUUUUCCACGCAACGCUAGGAAGAAGCAAGCCGAAGCUCACUCUUGCUUACCGCACAACAAAAAAUGGAACGUGGAAGGCCUUGUGGACGCAGAGGAAGCCAAAUGACUUCUUUAACUUCAUUGAGGUCUUCGUGGAGUUGCCGAAAAUGGCUCCUUACCAGGUGGCCUUCAUAGGAGAGCAUAGAAAUCCUGACAAGUAUGGCUACAUAGCCAUUGACGACGUCCAGUUUUGGGAGAGCUGCACGACGAAACUAGGAGGUCUUCCAUCAGCCCCAGUACCAGCGAAGCCAUCGUUUACAUGUACUGAGCAGGAAUUCCAAUGCACGGGCAUCAGACAGUGCAUUCCGUUGUCCAAGGUGUGCGAUUUCAUGGAGGACUGUUCCAAUGGAGCCGACGAAUCCCGCUGCGGUGCCUGCGAGUUUACGACGGACUUGUGUGGUUUGGAAAAUGAGGAUUCCAGUGCCCGUUUUGGUUGGAACUGGACGACAGUGGAAGACGGCAAGAAAAAGCAAGGCUUCCCAAGUACUGACAGUCGAAUGAACAUGGAAGGAGCAUAUGCUGCAUAUUCGAUUGUUAACUCAGAAGCUCCACCAAGUAACGUAUUGAAGGGUCUGACUACGCCACCGCUAGGACCAAUUGCGCAUUCCUGUGUCGUCUAUUUCUACGCCUACAUACCUAACAUGCCCGCGGCAAUGUUCUUGUUCGGGGUGAGGCCUGACCCGGGCUUCGAUUCUCGGAGAAGCAUUGUGAAAGUGCUUGGUACACUGAGUGGAAAAGUGCUGAAAGGGCAGUGGAGAAGGGUGUUUGUGAGAGUUGGAAACUGGGACGCAGGAGCAAGGUUCGUGUACCUGGCUAACAGCGUCGGUGUGAGCAUUGACCGUCCAGAGUAUAAAAUGUGCCAUCCAGACACCCAGAGUGAAGGAGCCGAAGCAGCCGAAAAGGUGAGCUGCACCUUCUCAGAUCCUUCGAACUGUGGCUGGUUCCCCGAGAGAAAAGCAUCUGAUACCCUGUGGACUCUAAACGCUGGAGGAACUGAGAUUCCCAAAUUCAAAUGGCAGCCCUUCGACAGCGAUUCUCACAAAGGUGCGUAG